AAUUCAUUUGACAUUGGCAAAUGCCGGCAAAAAUGCUUGCGGUACUAACAUAGACUAGCCUAAUGUCAAAGUAAUCAUUCGGUGGAACUAUAAAAACCAUGGCCUACCACCAACUCAACAUCAUAUCUCCACUUACAACAAUCAAGAACACAACACAGCAGUAGCAGCCACAUCAACAGCCCAGGAGCAAAAAAACAUAACAAAGAUGGCCAAGUUCUUUACAAUUAUCGCAAUUAUCGGUGUUUCGUUGGCUUUGGUAGCAGCUGAGCCGACUCACUUCAGACAAGCAAAACGUUUGGGAGCUUUGAGGGCACAAAAAACAGUGCGAAAAUCAGCACGCCAAGAAGUGGCUCCUUCGCCUGCACCCUACCCACCAGCAGGCGUUACCCCUGAAAUUCCCUUUGAACUGCCCACCGAAACUGAACAGCCCUUCGCUCAACCCGACCCCACCUAUGGUCCACCCGAAGUAGUUCCCGAUGAAACUUACGGCCCACCAGAACCAACUCCCGAUGAAACAUAUGGCCCACCAGAAGCCGAUCAGCCAGCCAUUACUGAACCCGAUCAAACUUAUGGCCCACCAGAAACCGAAGAAGAAAUUGUAGCCACUCCCGAUGAGACUUAUGGCCCACCAGAAGCUUCGGAACCAGCCAUCACUGAACCCGAUCAAACCUAUGGCCCACCAGAAACUGCCACCACAGAAGGUCAACCUGCCAUCGAAGAGCCUGCUGCCGAGGAAGUCCAACCUGCUGCCGAUUCCGAAUUGGUCUCGCAAAACAUUAUCCAGCCCAGACAAAAAUUGGUGCGCAGCCGUUCCCGUCCAGCUAAGUUGCGUGCACGUAAAUUGCCCGCUGCUCCCCGUGCCAGCAUUGUAGAAAUUAUCCAUUCUGAACCGGUUCUCGUUUACACUUUGCAUUAAAGGAAAAGUGUUGUAAACUUCAGGUUUACCGUAAUGAAAUUGUAGAACCAAAAUCACUUGGGUGUGUGUAU